GAAUAUUCCUCUUUUUUUUAGAAAUGGGGUACAGUAGUUCGUUCAUUCUACGGCGUAGCUGUUGGCUCCAUUAUUUUGGUAUCUUUAUAUGGACAUUGCUGGUUGAUGGGAAAGGAGAACAUAUCCAGUACAUACGUUUAUCGAUCACCUGAUAUGUUUACAGGAGAAGUGGGAAUACAAGUCGGUCUUCGUGGCGCUAACGUUACUUUAAGGGGAUAUUUUGGUGAACCUGGGAGAAGAGGUGAAGUUAUUUAUUCCGAAGCUUUACCAUGGCCAGAUUUCGGUCACGAAGAAGAGCAUCUGUCUGUCUAUUUAUUACGAGGAUUGCCUGAUCCCAUCUUGCGUGUAACUGAAUAUUUAUGUACUGAUUCUGGUGGUCUACGUUGGGGACGCUCCUUUCAUUUGGCAGGGAAUUUAGCAAGUGCAUUGUUAUGGACAUCGUUUGCUUUCUGGUUGAUAACCAAUUUACUGCUGUUUACUGUUAUAGUUUACGGUGCCUACAUGAUGGUUCUUACGGGUACUACAAUGUUUUUGGCCAGUAUCGUGUAUCAUGUGUUAAUGCCGACCCAAUCACUGGCUAUUACUUUUGAUGACGUCUUAUUAAAGACACAUUAUGGCUGGUGUUUUUGGUUGACUCUUAUAACAGGUGUGACAACUAUUGUAUUUGGAGUCAUUCUACUUUUAUUAGAACAUUUUAUACCCAAAAGAAUCUCUGAGUUUUUCCGAGUUGAAACAAGUAUAGGAGAAGAUGAAAGAUAUGACACGUUAAUUAAUGAUACCAGUAGACGAUCUAGUGUUUUUUCUGUUAUGGACAAACGUGGCAGUAUUUUCCAGGGACCGAAUGUUAGGAAACAAAGCAUUUUUUCUGAACCCGACAGUAGAAGAUCUAGUAUCGGUACGAACGGUUGGUUUGCUCAGAAUCGAGCGUUUGUGAAUGAUCAUGGUCGGUCUCAGUCACAACCAGCUUUAUACCCUUACGACGUGGACAUAAUUGUCGAAGAGGAAGAAAAUGUUUCAUCAGAUGAAAAUCAAGUAACCGAAAGUGAUGUUCGUAUUGAAGUCGAGCCAGAUUUGUCAACGACGUCAUCAGUGGGGAUUACGAUGACGACAGCCGAUUCUGAGAACCGCGUAAAUGAUUUAAAUGAAAAACACAUGUCUGCGAACAGUAAUAAAACCCAGUUAGGGGUCACUACCAUAAACAUUAAAGCUGGUAGGUCAAGAAAGAACUCAUCAGAUUCUGGGCAUGGGUGUUCGGAGAAUUGUUGCUCUUCCGCGGUUUCAGAUUCUCAAAGUAUAACUUCUUAG